AUGCCUGUUCUUGUCGCCAGAGCAGAGGACUCGGAUGGGCCUACACUCGCGAAUCCUAUCUACCUCGCAGGUCUCAUUGUAGCCAUUGUAAUUCUCGUAGGUGCUGGACUCUGGAUGGGUCUGCGCUUCUUCCGAAAGCGUAUGGCUGCCAAACGACAGGAAAAGACAGGAGCAGCAUUCCUCUCAGUCAAAGGGCUCGUGCGCGACGACCCGAACCAGGAGGGAGAAAAAGAGGGCUUUGAACAGCGCGUUGCUAAAGGCUUUUUGAGUGAUAUCAACUCUCCAACGAUUGUCUUCCCAGACAAGGCGCUGUCCCCUCCUGCUACUCGAGAUGCGGUUAUCGAUUACCACCGCAGAACUGGCUCGAUACCCAAACCCUUCGCCGCAAAACCAGCAUUGGAAAUGCCGGCGUUCCCAGCCAGCACUCUAGACGCCCCAUCAAGUGCCCGCAAUUCGUGGGUAAGCUUUUUGGGCAGUAACCGCUUCCCCAGCAACCGCUCCUCCGUGCUUUCAACCGCCUCCUCCAACAUUAGCGCGACCACAGGGUCGACGCGUAAAGUCCGCCAGACGUUUGAUCCCGUUCUUCCCGACGAAUUGCUUAUCAGCGUAAACGAACAACUGACGGUCGUCCAGUCCUUUGACGAUGGAUGGUGCGUGGUCGGACGCGAGAACAAGUCUCUAUUCCCCACCGCCAAAUCCCUCUUCAAAUCAGCUCCGGCUGCGGAGGCUGAAACUACUGAGCUCGGUGUAGUACCGGCAUGGUGCUUCAUGAAACCUGUGAAAGGUUUGCGAGCAGAGAGACCCGUCAGAAGUACCAGUCUGGGCAUUACCAUCAACCUAGAAGAAUCUGGCCCGUCGCGACAUUCCAUCUUAACAUGGUCCAAUUUCUGA